AUGGCCCAUGCUACUCUUCUACGAACGAACACCGCCCCUGUAUUUCAAGCGUCGACCGACGGCGUCGCCAGAUUGAACAACAUGAGCCUGUCCAACGCCGCGCGGGCGAGCCAGCUUUCGGGCUCGACGGCCUUCAAUUCCACGACUUCGCUCAACUCGCUUACUUCGUCCGCCACCGCCGUUACCCCCGUGAACGGCCAGCCGCUCGCCACCACAAACAUCAUCAACCAGAGAGCCGACGCCUCGCGAUCGCUGUAUCAAAUAUGUCUGUCGCUCAAACAACGCCUCGCCCAGGUUCCCGGAUUCGAGGGCUAUCUAGAACAACUUCAGCUCGAGCAGGAGAAUGGGGAUGACGGCCCCGUCGAGGCCCUUUGGAAGCUCCUGCGCACCGGACUGCCCCUGCUCACCAUCUACAAUUCGCUUCAACCCGAGAAGCCGCUGCACGUCGACGAGAGGCCGAACGAGACGGAAGCCCGGCGCUCCAAACGCGCCAUCAUGGAAUUCGUCAAGGCCUGCUUGAGCGACCUCGACCCCCCCGUUACCGAAUGCUUUAUCGUCGCCGACCUUACAGGGGAGGACACCACCGGUUUUGUCAAGGUGACGUCUGUUAUCAACUAUGUGCUCGAUCUUGCCGAAAAACGGGGGCUUUUGCUCCAAACCCUACCAUACCCCGAAGAUGAUAUCACGCAACCGGGUUCUAAGAUGACCCAUCGCGAUUACAUUGUACGAGAACUGGUAGAUACGGAGCGCAAAUACGUACAGGAUCUCGAGAACCUCCACGACUUAAAGAGGACGUUGGAACACAGGAGCGUUAUCCCGGGCGAAUUCAUUCACGACAUAUUCCUUAAUAUCAACUCCAUCUUGGAUCAUCAGCGAAAGUUCCUCAUCAGGGUAGAAACAACAAACUCGAUGCCACAGGCUAGGCAGGAAUGGGGAAGCUUGUUCGUCACAGCCGAAGAGAACUUUGGCAUCUACCAACCCUUCAUCGCGAACCAGAGAAAGGCAGCCCAGGUUGCGACGCAGGUGUUUGACAAAAUCCAAGAGGCUGGCCAUCCGGUCGCGUGUGAUUUCAAUACCCUUGAUGGUUUCCUCCUAAAGCCUAUGCAGAGACUGGUCAAGUACCCACUUUUGCUCAAGGAUCUGCUUAAGAAGAGCGAAGACGAGCACACCAAGGAAGAUUUAUCUGCCGGCAUCGCUGCUGCUGAACGAGUGUUGAUGAAAGCCAACUCGGCCGUUGAUAAGAACAUCCUCGAGGAGGCUUUGCAGGACCUCAUUCACAGAGUAGACGACUGGAAGAGCCAUAAGGUGGACAAUUUUGGAAGUCUGCUCCUGCACGGAGUAUACACUGUUAUAACGGGCAAGAGUGAACAGGAGAAGGACUAUGAGAUCUAUCUUUUUGAGAAUAUAUUGCUCUGUUGCAAGGAAAUAGCCACGACUAAAGCCAAGGACAAGAAGGACAAGACGCGAUCAUCCGUACCAAAGAUACGGAACAAGUUCGCCAAAUUACAGCUCAAGGGCCGCAUCUUCAUGACCAAUGUCACCGAUGUAGUAGCCAUUUCCAAGCCUGGUUCGUAUACCGUACAAAUAUGGUGGAAGGGCGAUCCAGGAGUGGAGAAUUUCAUGAUCAAGUUCCAGACCGAAGAGAUGAUGAAGAAAUGGGCUGCCGGUCUGGAUGAACAGCGAAAGCAGAACACGCAAGCCGCUGCUGCUCCCGACCAAAAUCCACCAAACUUUGCCUGGCUCGCCUCGCAAGGCAACGGACUCGAGAAUCCUUACAAGGAAGAGGAAGAGGACGAGGACAUCUAUAAUGCGCCACCACCAGGGGGCGUCACCCCGACAGUUGCUAUGCCAGGGACGAUGCAGCGGAACGGAUCGAGCACAAGUUUACGGCAGCGGUCUGCCACCAGCGAAAGUCUAGCAGGUAUGGCUCGCGCGCCACCUCCACGAUUCCCUCUUCCACAAGCUCCCGCCCCUCUCAAUGUUGGCCUUCAGCCAUCACCCGCUGUUCGAGCAGGCGAGUCUUACUUCUCUCCUGUAGCCGAGUCGCCCGCUUCGAGUCGGACUAGCACAACGAGCGGCAUCUUUGCCGGUGCCGGAGCCGGCUAUCCUUUCCCCAAGACCGGUACCCCACAAGGAUGGCAGGAGGAUAGCAACCGUUACACAGCCCCUGCCAUGCCAAGGGCGCCAUCGCGAGACGGCCCAUCUCCGGGCUUUGGGAUGCCUACGCCAAACGGGAGGAAUCCACGGGGACCGUCGAUGCCCGUCAUGCCUCGGGGGGAUAACAGCCAGUUUGCUCAGGCACGCAGCCGGAGUUAUAGUACACCGGACAUUGCCGGCCAGGCCGCUGCCCGCAACAACCAGACAGGGGUACCUGCGGUGCCAGGCAUUCCCGCCCAUCUAACCCAUGCCCGCCACGAUUCCAACAUUCCCAGGAGCAAUACUGGCAGCCCAGCAAAUGAUCUCCCUCUACGGACCCAGACAAGUUCACCUGGUAGAGAACGGAAGAACUAUGGAGGCCAGUUGAACCAGUUCCCUCCACAGCCUCUCCGCCAGGGUACACCAGGCAGUGUCACCGGCUUCCCUCCGCCAUCUGGCCCACCACCGCCGGGAAUGGCGCCCCUUGCCCCGGUUGAUGGAACGCGAAACAUCACCCCAUCUCUUGGUACCGCGCCGAUGAUGUCUGGACAGAACCCACUCUCACCUACCGAAGACGGCAUGCUCCCUACGCAACUGAAGGUGAAGGUUCACUGUGAUAGCGGCAACUACAUCACCUUGGUUGUGCUCUACGACAUUACCUAUGAAAAACUGAUUGACCGCAUUGACAACAAGUUAUCACGGUUUACUACUAGCAGCAUCGGUGCGGGUAACCUGAGGCUACGGUACCGAGACGAGGAUGGUGACUUCGUCAUGAUCGAGAGCGAUGAUGACAUCCAAAUCGCCAUCUCGGACUGGCGUGAGGGGUUACGCAACCCAGAUAGCACCGGGGAAAUUGAUCUGUACUGCGAAGGGGAACUGUUAGAGUGA